AUGGCUGCCUCGAGCAGCCGAGGCGGCGACGAGGAUGAUCUCGCCCGCCUUGUCGGCGUUGGGCAACGCCGUGUGCGACGGCGCGCGUCGGCCGCUGCCGAGGCCAACCAGCAGGGCGACGCAGCAGCCGAGGAGGCCCAGCCUCGGGAGGCGACACCGCUCCAGCAGAUCGUCCCCGCGGAUGGCGCUGCGGAGCUGCGCAUGCUGAUCGCUGUCGGUGGCCGCCCCCACGCUUCAGGUCGGCCUCGCUGGGAAAAAGGCUCCGCGGCGCUGAUGGCGCACGUUCGCAGCAGGAAGGAGCUCAAGCGGGCCGAGCAUGACCUAGUGGUUGAGGCGAGGAGGUCUGAGAAUCUCGAGGGCGCAUUGAACUUCGUGGCCGCCUCGUACCCGAUGGUGGCCGCCACCGUGGGGCUGCCGCAGGUCAGGCGGCCGAUGGACGAGCAGAGAGCAGCAACAAUGAUACGGCUUGCGAUGGCGCCCACGAUCAAAGGUGCCAUCUCCGCCCGCAAUCGGCAAACAGAGGCGGCCAUGGUGGCCAUGCAAGCUGCGACGGAGCAGCAGGCCGCAUGUAGAGAUAGGAUAGUGAUUGGUCGAGUUCUUGGGCUCGCUGGCGCCCCCUCGGGCAUCACCGUCGUCACGGGCCAGUGGGGCGAGACCCGACAGCGAGUUCGAGCAGUGCACGCUGGUGCACUACGUGGUGAGUUAGAGUCCCAGCGCAAGGUAGGCGCCGAGAUCAUGAUGCAGAUGUGGGCCAUGAUCACGCACGACGGCCGCGUCGUGCUCGAGAGGCAGCCCUUCUUCUCCAAGGGCCUGCGCCUCGCCUCCCAGACCGCUGAUUUCUUGGCGGGGCGGGUUGAGGGUCUUCUUCGCGGUGGCCCCAUCAAUUUCGAGGACGAGCUCGAGCUGCAGGAGAAUGAUUUGGUUUUGGACGACUUGAUGAACUUCGUUGACAUGGAGGGGCCGAACGGAAAAUUGACGCACUGGUGCUUCGUCGAACGGGGGUCGUCGGCUCACAAGGCGGGCAGAUCCGUGGGUGAUCGGUGUUGCGAUCGCGACGGGGAGUCGUUCGACAAAGUGGCAGUUCCGAUCCUGAACUACUUGGUGCACCGAGGUGUCGCUCAUGCCCCAGAAGGUCGGUGGUUAUACCUACUUCGGGUUCUCAAGAAAGUAUUUGUCGGCUGCAUGUGUGGCAACGUCCUUGCAGAGUCGCUGACUGAUUUGAGGGUCAAUUGGAAUGUCACGGACACAGUCGCAGAAGCUCUGAGCAAACUUAUCGUUGCUGAUUCAGACAACGUCGGGGCCAAGAACAAACUACAUGUCCAUCGGAUUUGCCAACACUUGUGCACGGAGCAUGCUCAAUGGCAGCUACUCGUCAUGAUAAGUGGGAUGACAACGAUCGAGGUGUGCAUAUACGACAUACUGUAUUCUAAGUUGACACUGUCUGAGUUGUUGGGCAGGGAGCAUGGUUCUUUCCCCACUAUCCAGCGUGACCUUCUUCGCAUGAUGGAGCGGUAUGUGGACGGGGAACAGCUGGCCGAGUUGACUCGUCUAGGCGUCGACUGUGGUGACGACGGCGUGCGGCGAUGGACGAAGUCGUAUUUAUUGCAGCUCUCUGCCUCCACAUACGACCACUUCGAGAAGAGAUUCGAAUCGCCGCCGUACACGCUUCUCGUUCUCGCAGACGGCAGUGCGACCGACGAGGAGAAGCACAUGGCCAUCAACUCUUUCUUCGCUUGCCCUGACCACUGCCUCUCUAUGUUCUGCCUACGGCUGAAGGGGCUGCGUCCGACCCCCGAGGAAAUGAUCACCAGAGGGGCGGCGAUAAUGAAGGCCUUCGGCGACGCCGCGCUCCACAGUGUCGGCUUCUGCGAGAGGUCCCGCAACGUUGUGAGACAGGACUUGCGGUCAGAUGGGCCAGCCCGCAACUUCGCGACCAGCGUGAACCGCAUUUUCUGUAGGAUCACGUGGCAGAACAUACAGCUGAGUAUAUUCAAGGAGAGGGUUGCGCCAGAUCGGAAGUUGACACCACAGGAGCUUGAUGGGUUUUACGAACGCUGCAGCGCACGGUGGGCAGAGAUGCCCGAUCAAGAACGGGUGGAGUGGGAGCUACUCAACAAGGCCGACCGUAUUGGGCGACACAUACAGGACACCCCGAUUGAAGACAGACGAGAUUGUGCGUUCACACCUUUGUGGGGCCACGACCUUCCCCACGAUACGAGCAUCUCGACGCCGAUCGACCCGAGCGUGUACGUCAAGUGCCACAACAUGUACAAGUCAAACGAUCGCCAGAAGCUUGCCCGUCACGAUGAUGUGAACUACGUGCACACGGCACCCCGACGAGCAUCUUUGAUGAGCAAGCCUGUCGAUGGGACGCUCCCAGUGUGCGGGUGCUUCGCCAAGAAAAGAAGUUUCUGCAGAUAUGUCGCAUCGCCAGCCGUGGUCGAGAGAUUCGACGGCUUGCUCCCCGUGCUGAAUGGCUUCGUGGACACCUUGGAGAAAUCCGUGGCCGAUGAUGCAUCCUGUCUGAUUAUGUUCCGAGGUAAGUUCAAAGGUGACGUUGACCCAAUGCCUCCCCACAUCCACGCGUGCGCCCUGCUGUGCACGAGGAGGCUCAGGCCGAAAGUCCAGAUUGUUUGCAGAUGCCACGUGAAAGAGCAUCCAAGCGAUGGUGUGUUCGAGCUGCCGAAGCUGCCUGUUGUCUUGAGGCUUCCUACCAAGCAGAGCCUCCAGUCUAGGCACGAUAGAACAUUCAUGAUGCAGUCAAGUGAAGACCUUUGCCACGAACUUGCUCGGUUCCACGAUCGCAGCUGGACUUUGCACCCGCUGGACUACGUACUUGGGCCUGGCCCGUUGAUGGACCACGUGGUGUCCGAGAUCCCGAACGAGUUCGUGCUGUCGAAGAAGAUCAAGGCUUGCCGAGGAAGCGCCCUCGAGACCGUCAUGAUGAUGGGCGCGGCCAGUCCCGUGUCGGCAGGUGCGUCGCGAGCUUCAGGAUCGCAAGCCUUCGCUUCGAUGCGUGCCGCCAGGACAACCGCUGGUGGCCGCGUCAUCGGCGCGCCCGCCCCGCCUGAGCCUGAGGGCGGUGCGAUUGAUGACGCCGCGUGGCAGGAUCCAGAGGUGGAGCUGCUCCACGGCGUUCGCGACCUCGGCGACGGGUUCGUCCAGGACAUCGCCGACGCGAUGGAGGAGGCGAUCGGCGACAGCGCCAUCGCCCAGGCUGGCGACGGCGUCGACGCUGGAGCUGCGCGCGCCGAGGAUGGAGAAGGCGACGCCUGCGGCGAGGCGGGGGAGGCGGCCGCGCUUGAGUUGGCAUCGGCCCUCCCGCCUGAGGCCGCGCCAGUGUGGCCGUCCGCCGAGGCAGCGACAGCCAUUGCAAUUGUAGACAAGGGCUCUGGGUACAUCACUUGCGAGGCGCCGCCAUGGUGCGACUUUGGCAUGGUGGGAGUGGCGGCUAGCCCCGCGGCGUCGUCGGGCAACUUCAGCACGCCCAUGAAGGACCGCAUCUCCGACGUGAAGGAUGACGUGGACGGCGACGCCAAGUCAAUGGUGAGUGACCUAUCUUGCGGAGGCUCGGCAUCGGCCUGCAAGGAAAAGGAUCCGUGCUUGGGCUGCAAGCGGGUCUUCGGCGUUAGCCGUUGCUACUUCAAUCCAGCUGAACCAGUUCCUUGGGGUCUGCCUGCGGGCAGAGGGGCUUGGUGCAAAGAUUGCCACACGUGCUGGAGGACAGUAUACCGUGAGGAGUACACUUUACCAGUCUUCGGUGAUUGGAUGACUCGGCACAGGGACUCAUGGGAGAAGAGCUCGCUCGCGUAUCUCUCCCUCAAGUUCGAGAAGUAUGAUAAGAUCACAGCUGGAAUGGUCAAAGACAGAGUGAGGGUACUAAACUUCGUUAGCAAUCUGAUCGGGGUCCCGUUGACACCGUUCGUCGUGAUCUCCUUGAAGGACGCUGUGGCGAAGGCUGCCGCAAGGGACGGGAGGCUCGACCCUGCGAGUCUCGUCGCGAUCUUCCAUGGCUCCUCUCCCCAGCUCGGCGCGUUUGCACCUGCAUGCCCUGGCACCUUGGAGAUCAAGCGCCCCUCUGGGGACGCCUCGGAGACGGAGGUGAUGGCGUCGAGGUCGACACUUGCUUGCUCAGAGGGGGAUUUGGAGAUGAUGAACUGCUACUUCGGGGGCCACGAGAGCGUUUCGAGGACGACGCCCGACGCUUUGGCCUUGGCGCCCUUGCCGACACCCAGGGGUCAGGAGCCCGAGCGGCCUCCCCGCGCGAAGAUGCAGACCAAGGUCGACGGCCUCGUUUGUGCGGUGCAGGCCGUUGUCGCGAAGUUCCAGACUGAGACGUGGGAGGACGUCAAGGAAUCUGCAUUCACGAAGCACAUUACUUCGCUGAGCUUGGCCAGGAACGGGGCCGCCAGCAUCGGGGACAAAGACGGAUCAGAACUCUCUGAGCAUUGGGCGGCUGGUCUCACGGCCGUGAAGACGUUUGUCAAGAUGCACAAGGGCUUCAUCAAGACGAGCAGGAAGCACGGCAAAUUGGUUACACUAUACGACUCCAUGUACAAGGCCGUUGAGUUCUUCAGAGAUAUUGGCAUCGGGCCUAGCCUCUAUCCGACAUUCAAGAUUCUCUGGCACGCUACCGUGUUUUUCGACAACCUCAACAGGCAAGCGAAGACAGUGGACGCAGCCUUGCAAGCAACGGUCGACUACGGGCUGAAGGCGACCUUCGCGGCCUUGUCCACGGUGCGCAAGGACUUCUCGUUCAACGAGUGGAUGCUGAAUAUGUUGGUGAGGGCGUUCGCCGAGACCCUCGAGCGGGCCAGGUGCGACGAUGGUCAACUUCGCGAGACCGUUGGGCAGAUCUUGGAGCGCGUGUCGGUGACGAUUGAUAUUCUCCACCCCGCCUUCAUGUCGUUCCUCAGCGACGCGAUCGACAAACUCAGACACUACCAGGCGCUCCUGACCGCAGCGGUGGAGCCAGAGAAGGUGUCAGCCAAGAGCGUCUCCGAUGCGAUCGACUGCGUCGAGAGUUCCAAGAGCAUGGACCACCUGGGCGACCAGAAGCUCCAGCGCGCCAUGGCCAUUGUCCAGGACGAUAGCAAAGAGUUGCCGAGCCUCGUGCAGACCGAGGAGCCUGAGGGCGGCAUCCUCACCACGGUGCUACGGGUUGACUUGAUGAAAACGGGUUCCUGCUUCAGCAGCCUCGGCGACAGCGUCGAGCACGCGCAGGAGGCCAUCGAGUUGUGGGAGCGUCGUCGGCUGGAGGAGCAGUCCCCCGAGAUUGGCAGGUGGAUGGUCAAGUUGGUGCACCACCUGUCCUUGUACGAUUUGGUCUUCUCGGUCCGCAUGGUGUCCUUCUACGGUAGCACGCUGGGCAGCUCCAGCGCAUUGGCAGUUGAGCCCAACGACGGCGCGGCCAGUGGCGUCAACGCCUCAGCUUGGUCCGUCGGUGCGCGAUCCUUCCUCGAGACCGUGUGGGACGAGACCUGCUUCGGGGUGAAUGUCGAGCACGUGCUGCGAAUCGUUGGCCAGUUCUCGGACUCGAUGAGGGCUGCGGAGCCGUCGUUGGUAGACCUAUCGAAAGUGGUCCAGCGCAUCAGCGAGAACAUCACGACCCGUGCGAACCUGGUGUCCCUCAUCAAAUGCAUCGCUGGUUUCGGCAGGACCUCGACGCCGAUCGAUGCCGUGAACGAGUGGGGGGCCGUUGCCAGCGGUGAACACGAGAGCUCCUCAGUCCUCGCCAAGGCAGUGGCACUCAUAUCCUUGUCCAAGCAGGUUGUGGGCACUUCCCUCGAAUCGUUCAUUUAUUUCAGGGACGAGGGCGACUUCUGCAUCGACGGCAUCGCUGGAGUUGCAGGGGAAAGCGGCACCAAGCUGCGCGUGUCGCCCGCUCUUGUAACAAAGUUCGUGUCCAACGUGCUGAGCGGCGAUCUCGUGACCUACGCGAGCGGCUUGGUGGUGGCAUCCUGGGACAUCGCGGUGGAUAGGUUCAUCACGUCGGUCUCACUGCAUAACAUCGAGUUUGACAAGCUUGGUAAAGGCAGCCUGAGCGAGCCGCUCGCGCACGACAACUUCUACGCCAAGGCGUUCUUCGACAACAUGCAACCUGCCAUGGGGAAGAUUCUGUCGCAACCUAUGGGUGCAUGGCCGUGCGAUGACAUGCGCGGCGCCGUGCUUCGGCUGGCUGGCGUGUGCGUUAACGAGGACAACCAGAUAGAGAUCAAGGUACCCAGUGGCGCUGACGACCUGGUCUCGGCGGUGCUCCCGCUGGACGUCUUCUCUAGUCUCUCGAUGCUGUGGUCGGACUGCCACAAGAUCGCAGCGUGCUUCGGUCGGCUUGGCGACCGUUUCCUGAAGUCUGCCGACGCAGGCGGCCGUUCCGACAGCGUUGCUAAGGACGGCGACAUCAAGCCAGAUGUAAGCGCUGCAAUCAUGGCAUUGCGCGAUGCAAUUACGGAAGACGUGUUCAUGAAGUACCUGGAGGUGGUCAACUCGGAGGCCAUGGAGCUGCAGGAGGUGACGCCCCCGACGUCGCACAUCGUAUUCGAGCACCGCAUCAACGCCGCGGCCGCCAAGUCGCAGCUCGUGAAGUUCGUGAACCGCGAUCUCUUGAACAACAAGGUGCUGAGCGUGUACACGAUGCUGGACAAGAUCGGCUACCUCCACAAGAACUGGUGCCUCAGCCCUCCGAUCACCGAGGACCAGCAGAUCAAGGACAGCGUCGACACGAUCGAGAGUAUUUGGACCUCCGCGCGCAAGGCGGUGACUACCAUCGCUGCGCUGGGGCUGGUGUACGAUAAGAAAAGCAAGCAGCGCCAGGACGACGCUCAGUUCAUCCUGGGUUCCAAGAAGGGUGACUUGGCGAAGUCGCUGGUCAACGAGCUGGAAGCCAUCGUCAGUGGCGCAAGGUAG